AUGUCCGAUCAUAAUUUUCUUCAUGAAUGUAUUAAUUUAGCUAUUGAUGGAUUUUUAUUUCGUGGUAUAACUCCAUCCGAGCAUUAUUAUCACUUUUCUCAAUCAUUCCCACAAGCCUUGCUUAUUCGUCCCAAAUCAACGUUAACCUUCGAGCAAUGUUACAAUUCUCAUCGAUCGAAAAUCAAUCGUUCCUCAGACUUGCUGUUCGCUGAUGGAAAAUAUUCUUUAACGUGUCUGUCAUCGAAAUUGUCGACCUCGCGAACGUUCCUUAGUAAUCAAUCGUCAACGAAAACAACUCCGGAAAGAGAUACACUUUUCCAAUCGACACCAAUUGACUUGGAUUAUCUGGAAAAUGAAAUUCGAAAGAUUCAAGAACGAAUCGCGAAACAUCGGUUGAAACACAAUCGACCUAAAGAUCUUUCGGAAAUGACCAAUAAACAAAUUCUUGAAGAGAAAACGAAUGUUCAACAAGAAUUACUCAGAUUUGAAAACAAGUAUUCAAAACCUACACAAAGUGAACAAAAGAAAAUCGUCAAACCUCUCUAUGAUUAUUACCGACAACUCAAACGACUAGUAGAAAAUCAACAGCAAACUUAA